GUGGACCAAAUCAAUAUGGACAGCACCAGUUCACUGCAUGGCAGCAGCUUCCAUCGACCUUCCACUGAGCAAACACGGACAGAUUUCUCCUGGGAUGGUAUCAAUCUCUCUAUGGAAGAUACGACCUCCAUCCUCCCCAAGCUGAAACGCAACUCCAAUGCUUAUGGGAUUGGGGCUUUGGCUAAAUCAUCUUUCUCUGGGAUAUCUCGCAGCAUGAAGGACCAUGUCACAAAGCCAACGGCUAUGGGCCAAGGCCGUGUGGCUCACAUGAUCGAAUGGCAAGGCUGGGGCAAAGGUAACAGCCAGCAGCAGCAGCACACGCAUGAGACAGCACGCAAAGACGCUGAUGCCUACUCAGACCUGAGUGAUGGUGAAAAGGAGGCCCGAUUCCUUGCAGGAGUGAUGGAGCAGUUUGCUAUUUCUGAGGCAACUCUCAUGGCCUGGUCGUCCAUGGAUGGUGAGGAUGUGAGUGUAAACUCAAAUCAAGAGAAUCCAUCAGGCAACUACCCUGAGAACUAUCAGGAACUAAUGGAGAGCCAAGAGCAUAUGGCCCAGACACAGUAUGACAGCUGGCCUCAUUCCUACGUCUCGCAGGGCAUGUAUUGCUUAGGUUCAUCCGAUGCCUGGGAGACCAGUGACCAGUCCCUCAUCGCUUCCCCAGCAACUGGCUCCUACUUAGGCCAGAAUUUUGAUGAGUCCCAGACAAACCUUCAGGAAAUGUGGCCCCUGCAGACUGCUCAGGGUGGGGGCGGGGCUGAGUCCAGCACAUACAUGGAGGACCACAUUGAGGAUGAAGGGAACCCACGGCUGGAGAAGGCGCCUCUCCUGAACAAGAAGCCCUCUCCAGAGGAGGAUGAUGCAGUGUGCCGGGACCUGGAAUCACUGUCUCCUCGAGAGGAGAUGGAACAUGCUGCACUGAGCCGCAAAGUCUCAGAUGUCACCUCCUCUGGGGUGCAGUCCUUUGAUGAGGAAGAGGGAGAAACAAACAACUGA